AUGGCAUCAUCGGUUUACUCCACCCUAACCUAUUGGUUCGUGCACCACCCCUACAUCGCCAACUUCACGUGGACAGAAGGUGAAACCUUAGGGUCCACCGUCUUCUUUGUCUCCGUCGUAGUCUCGGUUUUCCUCUCCGCCACGUUCCUCCUCUGGUACGCCAUGGACUCACUCCCCUCACUCGGUCCCCGUAUCGUCAAAGCAAUCAGAGUCGUCCACACUUUCGUCCUCUGCCUCCUCUCCAUGAUCUUGGCCGUAGGUUGCAUUCUCUCCAUAACCUCGUCUAAAUACCCGAGGAGGCACAUGAUAUGUUUCCCUGUCGACGUGAAACCUAGCGGACCGGUUUUCUUCUGGGCUCAAGUCUACUACCUCUUGAAGAUCCUCCACUUCUUAGACACACUUGUCAUGAUUGUCUCUAAAUCAAUAAAUUUGCUUUCGUUUUACCACGUUUACCACCACGCGACGGCAGUGGUCAUGGCUUACAUCUGGCUCUACACCCGCCAAUCUAUGUUUCCUGCUGGGAUCGUGUUAAACUCCACUCUCCACGUCAUCUGUUACGGUUACUUCUUCCUCCGCGCCGUCGGAUCGAUUCCUAAGUGGAAGAUGUUCGUGACAAAUUGUCAGAUUCUUGAAUAUUUUGCCUGUUUCGGUGUAGGAUUUGGUUGGAUGCUCCAGCAUUAUUUGGGGCCGGGUUGCUCCGGGAUUUGGGGAGUUUAUUUCAACGGUUCGUUUCUUGUUUCUCUCCUGGCUCUCUCUGUCUACAAGAAUUAUGCCAAGACGCAAACUUGGCGUACAAGAUUAUUUCCCCAAAGAAAUGAUUAA